AUGACAUUCCUCAUUGCUCAAGAUGAUAAGCCUUCCCCACCGGAUAGUUAUGGCUCGUUUAUUGGAAUUCUUGAUCCAUCAACUCAAAGGCGCGGACUUCAUCAGCUGGCUAUGGAGUUUGAUACAUAUAGAAAUGAACGCAAAAUUGAUGGAAACCAUGUUGCUAUUGUGACUACAAAUAUGGAGAGUCCUGUAGCAGUUAAAAGUUUAAACGAUAUUGAGAUUGAUCUAAGGAGUGGAAGAAAUAUCACAAUCAAGAUUGAUUAUGAUGGAUGGACUAAAGUUCUUGAUAUUUCUGCAGCAUAUGCAAGACAAACUCCAGUGAAAUUUCUAAGCCAAGAAAUCAUCAUGCAAGAAACAGUUCCACAAAAUGCUUAUGUUGGAUUUUUAGCUUCCACUGCUUAUUUCUCAAAGUUCCAUCAACUUCUUAACUGGAAUUUCACAUUGUAUGAAUUACCAGAAAGAUCUCUAAAGUAUGGGUCUGAUCCAGAAAAGGAAAAGAUAGCUCUACUGGUUGCUAUUCCUAUGGUAGUUGUCUCGUUAGCUUUGGCUGUGUCGUUUCCCAUUUCAGCUCGUAAGGGUAGAAAAGAAAGACUUCAGAGGAAAGAGGACAUCGAAAUGCUAACAAGAACUGCAGCCAAUGCUCCACAGGUGAGAAGGAAUAUUUGGCUGAAUAUGUACAACUGGGCAUCUAAGGCACAAAAACUUGGUGCAGUUACAGGGCCGGCAAAAUCUUUCUUGAUUGGGAUACCAGAUUCAAGAUUUUUAUCAGGAUUGGCAUCAGCACUAGUGUAUAUUCAUGAAGAAUGUGGGAAUCCUAUUGUACACCGAGAUGUUAAGCCAAACAAUGUGAUGUUAGACUCCGAGUAUAAUGCUCACUUGGGUGAUUUUGGGCUAGCAAGAUUACUACAAAAUGACAACUUUGUGACAACAAUGGUGGUUGGCACUCCAGGAUAG